AUGAAAGGAGUGUGGAGAAUGAAAGGAGUGUGGAGAAUGAAAGGAGUGUGGAGAAUGAAAGGAGUGAAGAAUGAAAGGAGUGUGGAGAAUGCAGGGAGUGUGGAGAAUGCAGGGAGUGUGGAGAAUGCAGGGAGUGUGGAGAAUGCAGGGAGUGUGGAGAAUGCAGGGAGUGUGGAGAAUGCAGGGAGUGUGGAGAAUGCAGGGAGUGUGGAGAAUGCAGGGAGUGUGGAGAAUGCAGGGAGUGUGGAGAAUGCAGGGAGUGUGGAGAAUGCAGGGAGUGACGGCAUACAGGGAGACGAGGGCGGUGAGAUUGCCGAUGACAUCUGGCAGCACCAUUGUGAGCUCGCACUGCGCGCCAGCACAGGGUGGGGGGCGGAAGGGGGAAGAAAAAGAGCGGGAGGGGAGAGGGGGUGGGGGGGGGGAGGGGGGGAGGGGGAGGGUGCGGAGAGAGGGGGGGGAACUGCGGGCAUCAAGUGCAAGGGGGUUGAAGGGCGGAGGGGAUUGCAGGGCGGAGGGGAUUGCAGGGCGGAGGGGAUUGCAGGGCGGAGGGGAUGGCAGGGCGGAGGGGAUUGCAGGGCAGCACUCGGUCCUUGUGCAAGACGGGUGAAGCCACCCACGCUGAUAACUGACGCCCCCCAUCCCAAUAUCGCUUUCCCUCCCUCCCGUUUCCUCCCUCCCAUUCCCUUCCUCCCAUUCCCUCCCUCCCAUUCCCUCCCUCACAUUCCCUCCCUCACAUUCCCUCCCUCCCAUUCCCUUCCUCCCAUUCCCUCCCUCACAUUCCCUCCCUCACAUUCCCUCCCUCCCAUUCCCUUCCUCCCAUUCCCUCCCUCCCAUUCCCUCCCUCCAAUUCCCUCCCUCCCCCCAUUCCCUCCCUCUCAUUCUCCCCUCCCAUUCCCUUCCUCCCAUUCCCUCCCUCCCUUUCCCUCCCAUUCCCUCCCUCCUAUUCCCUUCCUCCCAUUCCCUCCCUCCCUUUCCCUCCCAUUCCCUCCCUCCCAUUCCCUCCCUCCCAAACCCUCCCUACCAUUCAGCCACUCCCUCCCAUUCCCUGACUUGCUCACUGCCACCCGCCGCCGUCUACUGUUGCCCACUGCCGCCCACUGCCGCCCAACUUCCUCCGUCCACACCUUCGAUGGUCGUUGA